AAUAACUGUAUUUAAAUUGUAGUGCUUCCGUUCUUUAAGUUUUAAUAUUAUUUUUGAUUUUUGCUUAGUUAGUGACAAAGACAGGAAUUCCAAACAUAGUAUCGGAUAGGUAGAGGACAUUCGCUGGGCGUAAAAAGAAAAUGGCGUGUGCUACUCUCAAAAGAAAUUUGGACUGGGAGUCCAUGGCGCAAAUGCCUGCUAAAAGGCGAAGGUGCUCACCAUUUGCAGCCAGCUCUAGCUCAAGUCCUGGAAUUAAAGUUUCUGAGAGCAGACCUUCGUCAUUUGGAGAAUCCGUUAUUGCACCUGUGAAACUGACCCCAGAGCGCAUGGCACAGGAGAUAUGUGACGAGAUCAAGCGUCUGCAGCGUCGUCGCCAGCUGCGUCUGACUAACGCGGCGGCCUCUUGUUCCUCGUCCAGCGGCUCCGAGGGCGACUGCUCCCCGCCGCAUCGCUCCACACACAACACACAGAAGGUGCACCACCGUGCCCUCUUCACUUUCAAACAGGUGCGCAUGAUCUGCGAGCGAAUGCUGCGCGAGCAAGAAGUGGCUCUGCGCUCCGAGUACGAGUCGGCGCUCAGCACCAAGCUGGCUGAACAGUACGAAGCCUUCGUGCGCUUCAAUCUCGACCAGGUGCAGCGCCGACCCCCGCCCGCGACUUGCAUGCCCCUGGGCAUGGACGCCGAACACCACAUGCACCAGGACCUUGUCCCCAGCUAUCUGUCCUAAUGACAACGGAGUCGGCAUUGCGGUAUAAUACUGCAUCUAUAUCAAGACAAACAUAUUUUGGUAUAUGUGAAUAUUAUAUGCGGGAGUAAAGUAUCCUAAUGAAUCAAGACAUUGUGAUUGCUAGUGGAAUCUGACGCUGGUUAAUAUUGCGAAACAUUUUUCACUAAACGUACAGUAUUAUUGUACAUCAAUAAAUGCAGUUAUUUCCCACCACAGUUAAGUUUUUUCAGUUCAAAGUUGUCCAAUAGCCUUAGCGUCGCAAUAUUGUCCGCGUGAGAUUCCACGGUUUAGUUCAUGCCACAUACACAUAAUUAGCUUUUAAUGCUUUAGGUAAGGUACGCUGGAUAAUUGUGUUCAUAGACUGAGGAUCGACGAGACGAGCUACGUACGGCCGGACACGACACUCGGCCCUGGCUAGUGUUCGUAACAGAAAACGGGUUUGUUAACAGAAUUAUGUCUAUUAAACAGAUACGGAUGACAAGUAUACACUUGUAUUUUGUAUAUUUUCUAAAGUAACAUUACGGAACCUGUAGUAACAUAUAAUCUACACAAAUAAUAAAUUCACGAAGAGUGCCUCUUUAAUCAUUG